AUGCUGUGCAUAUUUUUAUUAAGUUUUGCAACGGGUGUUCUAACGGAAACUGUGUUUUAUGACUCAUAUUCGGGUAACGAGUUAACUAAAGAAGAUGUUAAACCAUAUAUUAAACAGAAUUCUACAUUUUGGUGUAUCAAUGAAAUCAUGCCAUGCAAUCCGUACGAGGGGAGGAGAAUUGAUGGUUCCUGCAACAACCUUAAGUAUCCCAACAGAGGAGCGGCUCACACGCCUAAUUUAAGACUACUACCCCCUGAAUAUGAUACAGAUUUUGAGCCCAGGAAGACCAAAUCUGGAGAACCUUUGCCGCUCGCUAGAUCAGUGAGGACAACAGUCAUGGCAGAAGGAAGGGUGCCAGACACGAGAUUUACCCAACUUUUGCUUCAUUUCUUUGUGUUUAUUACUAGCGAUGUUUUAUCCGUACAUGAUACAGUAAAUUACAUUAAAUGGACGCCCUAUUGUUGUGAAGAAAAAGGGAAAACAGAUAAAAAAUGCAUUUCAAUAAAAAUACCUGACGAUGAUCCUGUACAUAGAUUUUCAUCCAUAAGAUGUCUGAAUUUGACAAGACCAGAGACUUUUCAAUCAAGGGGCUGUUUGAAGAACAAAACACUUCCUGAAAGAAUUACAUCAUCGACUCCCGCAUUUGACCUAUCUCAAUUAUAUGGUACAUCACUGAAUUUUCUCAACGCCAAGGUUAGAAAAUUUGAAAAGGGCUUGCUGAAAUUUGAAGUAGCUAAUGGAAAAAUUUGGCCACCUAGUGUAAACACUACGGAUAACCUAUGCUUCCUGAACAAGUUACCCCACGAAACUAGAUGUCAUGAUAUACCGGAAGGCGGCGGUAACAGUGUUUUAGGCAGUAAUUUGUUUACAAUUUGGUUAUGGCGUUUGCACAAUCGUAUAGCCACUGGAUUAGCAGAAGUAAAUCCCUGCUGGGACGACGAGAAACUCUUCUACAUGGCGAGGGAACUUACUAUAGCAAUUAUGAUGCAGAUUUACUACUAUGAACUAAUGCCGACUUUAAUGGGAUAUGAUAAUUUGGUAAGAAAUGGAGUACUGUCACCAUUUACUGAGGAUUUUAGAGAUAUAUACAAUGACGAUCUUGUACCGCAAAUAACACUCGAAUUCCCAUUCGUGUUGCGUUGGGCUCAUACAAUUCAAGAAGGAAGACUAAAAAUGUACGACACUAAAGGCGUUUAUUUAAAAGAGGUUCCAGUAGUUAAUUUGACUCUAAGAACUGGGUAUUUAGAUGAGAAUUUGGAAUACAUUACCCACGGAGCUUUUAGGCAGCCCUCUGCUAAAUUUGACUACAUUGUUGAUCCAGAUAUAGCAGAACAAGGUUUGGGGCCUCACCAAUUAGCUGUUGACCUCUUAUCGAGUGAUCUAACUAAAAAUCGAUACUUUGGAUUUCCACCCUACAUCAAGUACAGAAAGCUUUGCUCUGGCAAGACGUACCGCACUUUCGAUGAUUUACUUGAUGUUAUUGAUCCUGAGAGAAUAGAAUUACUUAAAGAAAAAUACAAGCAUGUGGAAGAUAUUGACUUGAUGGCGGGCAUAUGGUUAGAGAGACCAAUUCAAGGUGGACACGUGCCAGUCACAUUCUUUUGUAUCGUCGCAGACCAAAUGCGUAGAUCGGUAGCGUCAGACAGACAUUGGUACGAACGGCCUAACAGACCCAACGGUUUUACUUUAGAACAACUCUUAGAAGUAAGAAAGGCGUCUAUUGCGCAGAUCAUGUGCGCUGUGGGCGAUAAAGUGACUGCCAUACAACCACAUGCCUUCAAUAUGCCUGGACUAGGUAAUGAAAUGAUAAGCUGCGAGAAUAUCCAAAAAAUGAAUUUAUGCGCGUGGAGAGACCAGGCUUGUAACAAUCCAUUCGCAAAUAAUAUCUAUAAUUUA